GAAUUCCGGAGCGGGAAGAGGAUCCCGGAAUUCCCCGGGAUCGGCAGCGGGAAGAGGAUCCCGGAGCGAGGAUCGGGAUCGGGAUCGGGAUCGGCUCCAUGGACGCCUUCCAGUCCCCGACGGCCUCGUCCCGCCGGGACAAAGAGGAGCCCGGCCCCGUGUCCGUGACCAUCCCGGCCUCUCCCUUCAUGCAGAAGUUGGGAUUCGGCACCGGCGUCAGCGUCUACCUGAUGAAAAGGUCUCCGCGGGGAUUGUCCCGCUCUCCGUGGGCCGUGAAGAAAAUCAACUCCGGCUGCUCGCGGAGCCAGCGGAGCCUCUUCCAGCGGAGGCUCCGGGAGGAGGCGCGGACGCUCCGGAACCUGCGGCACCCCAACAUCGUGGGGUACCGGGCGCUGGCGGAGGCUGCGGACGGGAGCCUGUGCCUGGCCAUGGAGUUCGGGGGGGAGCGAUCCCUGCACGAGCUGAUCGAGGAGCGCCGGGAGCGCGGCCUGGGCGCCUUCCCCGCCCACACCAUCCUGCACGUGGCGCUGAGCGUCGCCAGGGGCCUCCAGUACCUGCACACGGAGCAGCGGCUGCUCCACGGCGACAUCAAAUCCCCCAACGUCGUCGUCCGCGGCGCCUUCGAGGCCGUCAAGAUCUGCGACGUCGGCGUCUCCCUGCCCCUGGAUGAGAACCUGACCGUGGCGGACGGCUCCCUGCGCUACGUGGGCACGGAGCCGUGGCUGCCGCCCGAGGCGCUGCCCCCGCCCGGGGCCAUCUCCGACCGCGCCGACGUCUUCGCCUUCGGCCUCACGCUCUGGGAGAUGCUGGCCCUGAGCGUGCCCCACCUGCCCCCGGCGCCCAGCGGCUCCCCAGACGGUGACGAUGAUGAUGAUGACGAGGACGAGGAUUCCCUGUCGGAGGACUCGUGGGACGAGGCGGCGUUCCGCGCGGCGCUGGGCUCGCGGCCGGCGCUGCCGGCGGCGGCGCUGGAUCCGGCGCAGGCCGCGGUGCGGGAGCUGUUCUGCGCCUGCACCGCCGCCCCGCCCCGGCAGCGCCCGCCGGCCGCGCGCAUCGUCCGCGCCCUGGAGAGCCGGCAGCGGCCCUGA